CGGACCGGAGCGAGGGAGUGACCGGAGCGGGGGACGGAGGGUGCGGUGCUCGCCCAGAGACCCCCACCCGGCCCGGAGACUCCGACCGGGCGCAGCCGGAAGAGCCCCAAGGGACCCAACCGGACAACCCGAACCGACCCUUCCCGGAGAGUCCGACCGGACCUUUCCCGGUGCUCCCGGAGAUCCCGAACCGAUCCUUCCCGGAGAGCCCGGACCGAUCCAUCCCGGAGAGCCCGACCCGACCCUUCCCGGUGCUCCCGGAGAGCCCGAACCGAUCCAUCCCGGAGAGUCCGACCGAACCCUUCCCGGUGCUCCCGGAGAGCCCGGACCGAUCCUUCCCGGAGAGCCCGACCCGACCCUUCCCGGUGCUCCCGGAGAGCCCGAACCGAUCCAUCCCGGAGAGUCCGACCGAACCCUUCCCGGUGCUCCCGGAGCGCCUGCACCGACCCAUCCCGGGAUCCGGAGCCGAACCGGAUCCACCCCAGAGACCCUGAACCCACCGAGCCCCACCGGAGCCUCCCCGGUGUCCCCGGCGCACCCCGGCGCUCCCGGAGCCGCUGUCCCCCCCGGGAUGAUGCUCCCCGCGCUGCUGCCGCUGGCCCUGGGCACCCUGGGUGUCAUCGCAGGACAACUGGAGCCCUCGGUGGAGCUCUGGACCGAGCCGGCCGUGCUGGUGGUGGAACAGGGCGGCUCCAUCCAGGUGAAGCUGCGGGCGAGGUGCGGCGGCUCCGACCCCUCCAACUCCGGAAUUCCCGACAUCGAGACCUACAUGCAGAAGGAGGUGGUGUCCAGAAAACCGGGAGAGAAGGUGCUGAGGCUGGUCAAGGUCACCGAGUGGAAUUCCACCAGUUUCAUCUUCCACACCUGCCCCAACAGCAAGAGGGUGGUGAAGCCGAUCCCGGUCAUCGUCUACAGUAUCCCGGCUCCCAUAAUGACCCCUUCCCGCCCGGACACGUGGGAUCUGUCGUGUUCCGUGUCCGGCACCGCGCCCCUGGGGAACGUCACCGUGACCCUGUGGAGCGCCAGCGCCGUCCUGGCCUCCGGAACCUUCCAGGGGCCCGGCUGGAUGCAGCCGGACACCGUCCGCCUGAGCCACCAGCUGCCCGUCCGGGCGGAGGACGACGGCAAAAACGUCACCUGCGAGGCGCUGCUGGACGUGUCCCCGCACGGGGACCCCGUCAGAGUCGCCUCCAAGCCGCUCGUGUUGAACCUGACCGCGCUGCCCGAGGGUCCCCGCCUGUCCUCGCCCCAGCAGCCGGCGCUGGGGAUGCCCUUCAGUGUCACCUGCGCCGUCCGCCCCGACAUCUCUGCGGCCAAUUUCACCAUCACGGCCGACAACCGGACCUUCCCGGCCACCCUCGGUCAGCACAGCCACCAGGCCACCGCCGUGGUCACCCUCAACCGGACGGGCAGCGCGCAGCUGGUUUGCACCGUCCGCGUGGACAGCGUGGAGAGGCAGACGGACACCACCGUGCAAGUCUACCAUGUCCCUGAGCCGCUGCUGGACGUCACCAGCACCACUCCGGCCGCGGGCACGGUGGUCAGCGGGGACUGCGCGCUGCCGCCGGACGCCAACAAGGACAUCCAGCUGCGGGUGCUGGCCGGCGGCCGCGUCCCCCAGGACUGGGGACGGCCCCCGAUGGCCUUCAGGGUGAACGUGAGCGAGGCGGACGCGGAGCUGGGGCUGGAGCUGAGCUGCGAGGCCAAGCUGCUGGACGUGGUCAAGAGGACGUCGGUCCAGAUCGUUGUCCACACCAAACCACGGCUGGACAGCGAGGGCUGCCCCGGGCAGCAGAACUGGACAGAGGGCCAGGAAGGGAUCCUGGCCUGCAAAGCGAAGGGAAAACCCAAGCCAGAGGUGAAAUGUUCCAAGGACGGGAAUUCCAUCACCGCCGGAACUCCGUAUCCCGCUGACCGCGCCCAGGCCGGCACCUACCGCUGCCGGGCCACCAACGCGCUGGGGACGGCCGAGCGCGACGUCACCGUCUGGGUCCAGUAUGACGACCCCGUCCCGCUGCUCCCGGUGCUCCUCGGGGUGCUGCUGCCGGUGCUCGCCCUCCUCGGCCUGGCCGGGCUCUACCUCCUCCACCACCACCACACCAAAAUCGGGGAAUACUGGCUCUGGAAGCGGCAGCCAGUGGCGGACAUGAGGCUCCUGCAGCCGCUGGGCAGCUCCAAGGCUGCCGCUACCAACAACGGAUCCGUUCCGGAGGCCCCAUAGCCAGACACGGGGCAGCGGAGGGGCUGGCGAGCGUCCGGCACGGCCAGCGCAGCCACCGGCUCCUUCCCGAGGGGACAACGGCACCGCGGACUGGCCACAGCCGCUGGGGUGGACGCUACUGGGAGGUGGCGGCGCCCGGACUGGGAUAGACUGGGCCGGCACUGGGAAGCCGGGAUGGUGAGAUCCCGCCAGGAUCGCUCCAGGCUUUGUCCCUCGAGCUGAUUUUGGGGUGGCCGUGGUGGCACCGGGGGUCUGGGUGCUCCGGGGUUGAAUCCCGGGAUUUCGGUGCUGGCAAGAGGACCAGGAGCCAGAGUGAGGGGACAGAGAGAGGCUGGACAAGGGUGACACGUGCCACCAAUAAACGCUGCAGGUGACACCCA